AUCACGAGUGUUGCUCGUUGGGGGUGGUCGCUGAACUUGUCCGGCUGAAAGCUUGGCCAUCAUUUCUUCUAGGCCACCAGUGCCGCUAGCUGAAAGAUCAUCAGGCAAUGGGAAGUCCAUGUUAUCGACAUCCAUGUCCAAAUCCUCGUCUUCCACAAAAAUGGAGUCAGUGGUAGUUUCCUUGAGCUUUUGUAGCAUAGACAUGGUGGGCGGAUGAUCAGUAAGGAAUGGGUGAUCGAUGGCAGGUGAUUCAGUCCGCCCAAUAAUUUAUAAAAUCGUCUGUGACCGCCAGUUUUUUCUGAAGUUGCUUGCUUCCAUUCUGACUCAUGAUCGCUCAGCAACGAAACGCCAAUCGUACCAAUGGCUUUGGUCGUUCACAACAGAACACGAGUACAAGUAUACGGCAAGGCUCAGCAACUGUCAUAUCGUAUCAGGAAGAAGACGCUCAAUGUCCAGUAUGCAAAAGUGACAAGUACUUGACACCUAACCUGAAGCUCUUGGUAUCGCCAUGCUUUCACAAAAUGUGCGAAUCGUGUAUCGACCGCCUGUUCAGCGCUGGUCCAGCCCCAUGCCCCAUAUGUUUACAAACUCUUCGAAAGAAUCAGUUCAUGUCACAAAUCUUUGAAGACUUGAAUGUUGAAAAGGAAGUGCGAAUAAGAAAAAAGGUGUCGCGGAUAUUUAACAAGCGGCCAGAAGAUUUCUCAAGCUUAAGGACCUAUAAUGACUAUUUAGAAGAAGUCGAAGAUAUCACGUUUAAUUUGAUCAAUGAAGUGGAUGUGGCAGAGACAGAAGCAAAAAUGGCUCGUUAUGAGAAAGAAAACAAGGACAGCAUUGCUGCAAAUGAAGCCCGAUCGGUCAAUGAAAUGAAGAAAUCAUCGUAUCAGGAAGAAAUUGAGAAGCAGGAAAAAGAGCAGCGGUUGGCGGAUUACCGAAGGCAGUUGGAAGAAGAAAAGCUUUUGAAAGAACGAGAGAAAUUGGAUCUUAUUCGAGAACUGGCUACAUCCAACAAGCCAGCACAUGCGGUUCUUGCCACUCGACAAACCAGUACCUUGAAAAAAUCUUCUGCAUUACGCCAACAACGGGAUGCCAAUGCUCAACGCAACAAUUUGCUUCCUGCAUGGCUUAAAACAUCUAUCCCUACCGAUGUUGAUAUGAAAGAAGCUGCUGACCUUGAAAACUUUGAUCCACUUGGUCUUGAGUAUCAAGAUCCUACAACCCCAUCCAUUAUGACCACAUACAACGACCCGUAAGUUGAUGUUCAUACUUUCAUGUUCUAGA